AUGUUCUCGGACCUGCAGUUCUGGCGCUUGCAGCUCAGAGAGUUGCUGACGCCCUGGGUGCCACCUCAGCUCUUGGCCUCCCACGUGGCUUCGCGCUGCAAGCAGCUGGAUGAGCAGCAGACGGCCUUGAUCGAGGACAAUCGCCGGAAUUUGGCGGAGAUCAACCGGCUGCGGCAAGCAGUCAGCCAGCUGCAUUCCAAGUUGGAGGUGGCGGACGCGCGGUCCGUCCAGAGCAGCAAGAGCCAAGCCGAGGUGCUGGAAAAGCUCAGGAAUCUACGCUGA